AUGGGACCAGGUAGUUGCCUGCUUCUAAAGUAUAUUGUGGCUACUCUCCAAGUCUCCAUUAAUCUUGUUAGUGUUUUGACAGCUGGAAUAAAAUUUUGCAAAUUAGUGUUUUUUCUACAAGAUUAUAUGUUUUUUCCUACAAGAAAUCUUGUGGCUACUCGCCUGCAUGCUGUCGCAGUUAAGUCAAUCGAGAAAGCUUAUGUUAUAGCUUUGGUUAUUGGGUUGAAAGCUGGUUCUCUGGCAUCAGGGCAACGUAAGACGCUUGCUGAGAAUCCCAACAGAUUCAGGUUUUCCAGAUUAGCCUCUCUGUUAGUUCCCUUAAUAUAUGCGCCCGGUGACACAAAUCCUCCGCGUUUCAAACCAGAGUUAUACAAGGAAAAGCCCCCCAAAAUAAUCUCCUUCAAAACAAUGAUAGAGGUUGAACCACCGAGUCCGUUAAGAUAUAUCAUCGGAGCAGCGGUCAUGCUGAUCGCAGUUGUAUUGCCAGUCGGAUACAUGAUGUUCCGUAACAAACGUGUCCCCUCCUCUUCCUCUUAUUCCAAACAGACGAACAAAGUUUUAAUAUAAAGAUAUUGGUUGAAGAGAGAUAUUUUUUACACGAAAUUGGUGGUUUGAAUUUGAAGGAAGAUGAGGGAAGUGUUGAAAGAAGGCCUUGAUUGAGCUGCAGAUACAAAAAUGUAAAUGGUUUAUUAAACCCUCAGUCCUAUUUUGUGUUGGUUGUUUGAGUAUUAAUUGAAGUUUAAAAGAUGAAAUGUGUUGUUUGUUCAAUUUAUGGAUUUUGAUUAGGUUACCUAUUUAGCA